AUGGGCAAGAUCAAGCGGUUGUAUAAGACCGAUCGGGCUCAGGAUUUUGACCAUGAGCAGGACCGCCAUGUUCGCAUGCGACAAAUCUACGAGACGAUCGAUAGACAAGGGUAUCAAUGGAUUGUCGUCUUCGUGGCCGGUGUCGGCUUCUUUCUCGAUGGAUAUACACUCUUCGCGAGUAACAUGGCCCUCCCCAUGGUCAGCUACGUCUACUGGCAGAAUAACCCCUCGUCCAAGAAACUCACCUACAUCAAUAUCGCGACUCUGGCCGGCACGCUCUUCGGACAGGUCCUCUUUGGCUAUCUGGCGGACCGCAACGGGCGGAAGAAGAUGUACGGGGUGGAGCUGAUGCUGCUGAUCACGUCAACGCUGGGCGUCGUCAUGUCCUCAACCGGAGAGAAUGGGAGCAUGGAUGUGUUUGCCUGGUUGGUUUGGUGGAGACUGGUGGUUGGGAUUGGAGUCGGGGCGGAUUAUCCCCUCAGUGCUGUCAUCACCUCGGAAUUCGCUCCGGCCAAGCAUCGCGCCCGCAUGAUGGCCAGCGUCUUCUUCAUGCAACCACUGGGACAAAUCGCGGGAAACAUCGUCACCCUGAUCGUGGUGGCCGUCAACAAGAACCAGCAGCACGACGACCUCAUCCGCACCUUUGAUAUCAUGUGGCGGUGGGUAGUGGGAAUCGGCGUCGUGCCUGGUGUGAUCGCGACGCUUUUCCGAGUCGUCAUCCCCGAAACGCCUCGCUUCCUGCUCGAGAUCGAGGACGACCCCGUCAAGGCCGAGUUCGACGCCACCACCCUCUUCAACGAGACCCCGUCUCUGGACCCCGAUGACACCUGGAGGGACCUCCCCAUGCCGGCCAUGUCCGUCACGAGCCAGUGCUUCAGCGAAGGCCGCUCGCCCUCGCAGACCGAGAUCCUCCAGCCCGCCACCCUCAACUCGCACUGGCAUCUGACCCGCAAGGACAUCACCCAGUACUUCUGGACGGAAGGCAACUGGCGCACCCUCGUCGGCACCGCACUGUCCUGGCUCCUGCUCGACUUUGGCUUCUACGGCAUCGGACUCUCGAGCCCGCAGUUCCUGGCCAAAACGUGGGGAUCCCUGAACAUCCACGGCCGGGCGCCCGUGUGGAAAACCGACGACGAUCCCAACGCCGACGUCUUUGAAAUGUUCAUGAACAGCUCGAUCCACGCGCUCGUCAUCCUCAACAUCGGCAGCUUCGUCGGCGGCCUGCUCAUGAUCCUCUGCAGCCACAAGGUCGACCGCACCGCACUGCAAAAGUACGGCUUCCUCGCCCUGGCCGCACACUUUAUCGCCCUCGGCACAAUGUUCAUCACCGUCCACAAAGAAGGGCCCGUGGCGGUCAUCCUAUACAUCAUCGGACAGCUCCUGUUCAACUUUGGCCCCAACGCAACAACAUACAUCAUCCCCGCCGAAGUCUUCCCCACGCGCUACCGCGCCACCUGCCACGGCAUCAGCGCCGGCGCCGGCAAGCUCGGCUCCAUCCUCGUCCAGGUCUUCUCGUCGUACUACAACUUCGGCACCGGACCCGGCGAGGAGCCCACCAUCCGCCACGGCUGGAUCCUGAUCGUCUUCAGCGCGUGCAUGAUCCUCGGCGCCGCCGUCACGCAUUUCUGGAUCCCGCCCGUCCAGCGCGACGCCGCCGGCAAAGGCCAGUUCUGGGGCGGGAGGCACGAGUCGCUUGAGACGCUGGCGCUGGGUCGCCUGGGGUGGAGGAGUCGGUAUGCGGUGAAGAAGCCCACGCGGCCGGUGCAGGUGUCGGCGUUUUCGUACGAGCUUCAUUGA